AUUGAAGAGGCGAACUGGUUGACUUUACCAAGAGACAUUCGUCAUUUAUUGGGAGAUGGUUUCGACGCAGUGAUUUGCUUGGGAAACAGCUUUGCUCACAUGCCUGACACGUUUGGAGACCAAAGGGAGCAAAGGCAAGCGUUGCGGAAUUUCGAGCGCUGCGUGAAACCAGGUGGCUUGCUGCUGAUUGAUCACAGGAAUUACGACGACAUAAUCGAAACUGGAAACAUCCCGUCGAAAUGCAUAUACUACAACAGUCAACACAUGACAGACAUCAAGGCGUCGGUGCUAUUCGUUUCUGGGAAGCCGGCUAUCGUCACUCUGGAUUAUGUGAUAAUGAUGGACGAUGGUGAGGACGGGGACAAGGAGCAAAUGCAGAUCAACGAAUUCCGACUGUCUUAUUAUCCGCACCGAUUGAAAGUGUUCACCGACAUGCUGGACGAAGCGUUCCAUUACAGGGCCAAGCACACCAUCUACGGCGACUUCAAACCCUUGGAGGAAACGGACACUCCUGGCUUUUACAUCCACGUGACGGAGAAACCAGUG